ACGUGUAGGCUCAGCGAUGCAUCUUUCCCUGCUCCGUGGCUUUCUACUGCGACACACGCUCCGCCAGUCGGGAAGGGCGGGAGCCAAACUAUUCCCAAUAGCUAGCAGAAGACAGCAUUUUGCCGGGAAACCGCUCCCGGCCCCACGGCAGGCCGCAGUCGAUCAUUUCUACUCGACUCUGGCUCGAAGGUCGAGUCUCAUGACUCAGUUUCAUCGAGUGAAGGCACAGUUUCCGGACCAUAUACUCCUGUUUCAAGUCGGAGACUUUUACGAGCUUUACGAAAAUGAUGCCAGUUAGCAAAAAGCACCAUUUGCAUCUCACAAUCCUCCCUCCCUCUUCUUCUUCUCUCUCUCACACACACAUACGGCAGGUGAGGCAGCCUCUAAGACUAGUCUCCGACUGACCAAAAAGGCCGGUGUCCUGAUGGCAGGGUUCCCAGUGAGAUCUCUGGACCAGUGGCAGAGAGAGCUGGUGGAGGCAGGGGCUACAGCUGGCCAUCUGCAACCAGCAACCCUCCAGGAAUGACCAGAGUGCCCCAUCCCUCCUGGAGAGGGAGGUUGUUCGACUGAUAACCCCGGGAACCCUCACAGAGCCACUGGACCACUCAUCCAACUUCCUCCUCUCCAUAUCUCCUGGUCCUCUCUCCACCCUUGGCCUCGCAUGGGCCGACGUCUCCACCUCAGAAUUUGUGGUUUCAUCGGUGGGCGUGGUCAGUUUAGAUGAGGAAUUGGAAAGACUUGCUCCAUCGGAAGUCCUACUACCAAAAGACAUAAGUGAGAUGGUGAAAGGCAAUUUGAGGAUGGGCCUGUCCAGUUCAGGCAAUGGGCCUGUCCAGUUGCCCGAUGGUGGAGGGACUGUUGCAGUCCUCUCUACUGAGAGAGUGUUGCAUCACAGCAGUACCAGUGGAGUGGUACCAGGAGAGGGGCCGAGGGGGACAGCAAGACUUAUCCCACUUUCACCAGAGAUACAUGGAAAGUGGCUUGUUCAGUGCUAUCGUGAGUGACAGCAGAUUCUCAGAAUUGGAGAGAAGUGCAGCAAGUGCGUUGCUAUGGUACAUAUGCCACACCCAUCGCCACGCCCUUCCCCACCUUCUCCCACCCUCCCCGUUCUCCCAACGUCACCACCUGGCCAUUGACGCCAGCACUCGCAGGGCUCUGGAGCUAGUCAGCCCCCAGCAGGGUAACUCCAAGAAGUCAACUCUCCUGGGGUCACUGGACAGGACACUGACUGCUGCAGGAGCCAGGCUCCUACGAGCCAGACUCACAGCUCCUCUCACUGAUGUCACCUCCAUCAACAAGCGACUAGACACGGUGGAGGUGUUUCAUUUGUUUCCGCUGCACCGGGAGGCCGUACGAGUGCAGCUGCGAUCGUGUGCAGACGUCCAGCGAACCCUGCAGAAGGUAGCCAUAAUGUCAUGCAGUGCGGGAGAUCUCAGAGCAAUACAAACAACUCUCUGUACUGCAGGGUCAAUCCUCCGCUACAUGAGUGAGGUAAUGCGGCCCGAGCUGCCGGCCUCCCUGUGGACAGUGCUGGUAGAGGAGACCACCAGUGGACUAAUAGAUCUCCCUCACCUGGUGUUGGAGCUGGGGAGGGCAGUGGGCGAACCACACCCCAACCGCUGCCACUUUAUCUCCUCUGGGUACUCUGAAGAAGUAGACAGGCUGAGAGAGAAGAUGGGAGAGAAUGAGAAUGCAGUUCAGAGACUGGCAUCCUCACUGCAGGAGCAAACGGGUGUGACCAAGCUAUCAGUGGUGGCCUACAGGAUGUAUGGAAGGGUAUUUGAACUGUCCAGAGCCCAGGCAGUAAAGCUCCACCGGUUCCCCCAACUCAUUCGCAUUGAUCAUACGCAGUCGAAGGCAAGAUACACUCAUGUGGACCUGCAGACUCUGAAUUCGGAGCUGCACAGUCUCGAGGCAGACUACAUGGAGAUCCAGGACAACCUCUUUCAACUCCUCUGUGACAAGGUGAUGGCUCAUUCAGAAGACAUUUCCUCCACUGCUGCCUCUCUAGCAAGACUUGACGUGGCCACCUCUCUGGGUCUCCUUGCACAGGAGAGGCGCUACUCCAGACCAAAGGUGGUGGAAGAGGCAGUGUUCCAAGUCGAGCAGGGGGUUCACCCGGUCCUGGCCUCUUCUAGUGACCCACUCUCUCAUCAUUUCGUCAGCAACGACUGCUCUCUAGACCCUCACAGACUCUGGGUCCUCACUGGACCUAACAUGGGAGGGAAGAGCACUUUUCUUCGACAGAACUCUCUACUCGUGAUAAUGGCACAGAUGGGUAGUUUUGUUCCAGCUAGGAGGGCGGUAGUGGGUGUGGCAGAUCGGCUGUUUGCUCGAGUCGGAGCUGCCGACAAUGUGACCAAACACAUGUCCACGUUCCACGUCGAGAUGGCCGAAACUGCCAACAUCCUCGCCACGGCAACCCGCCACUCCUUCGUUGUACUGGACGAAAUUGGUAGAGGUACGUCAGCCAUUGAAGGACUUGCUAUUGCCGAGUCAGUAAUCCAACACCUGUCUAAUGACAUUGGUUGCAGAUGUCUGGUGGCGACUCACUACCAUACGCUGGGGCAGGACAGACAGGCACUCCUGGGACCUUCUGUUGGGAGCUACCAGUUGGAGGCUGAGCUGGACAACAAUGGCGGACUCCUCCGCUUCACGUAUAAAGUCAAGGCUGGAAGAGCGGAGCACUCGUUUGGGAUCGAAGUAGCCAGACUAGCUGGACUCCCUACAGCAGUGAUUGACAAUGCAACGGAAUUACUUCACAACAAGUUUGUAACUUUGAAAGGAUAAACAAAAGAUGAAAGACUGACACACACACAAGAGACAGAUAGUUACACUAUGUAUUCAGUGAUAGACUAUAGAGCAGCUAGUGAUGUCAGUAGCAGAAGAACUAGACUGUGGCUGAAGCUGAACUGUGACGCAGCUGCUGAGUUUCGGUUCCCACCAGUUUCCACAGUUGGUUCCAUUGGACGCGUUGCUACGGUCGGCUUUGUCGUAUCAGAGGGUUUGUCUGAGGGUUCAGUUACAGUUGGUACAGUUGGUUCUGAGCUUGUUGGGGGCUGUGUGGUGGCAGGGGGAAGUGGGGUGCGCGUGGGUUGAGUAGGAGUGGGAGUACUAGCAACAGGAGUGGUGGUUGAAGAUGACUGAACUUCUACACUGCUGGAAGGAGGCAUAGUAGGAGAGGUGGAUGUAGGGAAUGGUAGCAAUACUACAGUUGUGCCAUCUGCUGAACCCUCCGUGAUAUCUUCACCACUACUGCCUGAACUAUCCUCAGUUCCUCUGUAGUAUCUUCCAGGCAGCAGAAGAUCACUGUUCCCAACUGUGAAAAACCAACGGCAGUAUACAUCAUAACGGGCAAACAGGUGAAGUAUAGAGUGCAUGCAAAACACUAGCCAUGCAACUCGGUAUGUAUAUGGCUAACGUCGACUUACUUGAACCACUUAUGCAGAAAAGCACUAGGAAGAGACUGGCUUUCAGCGGCAUUCUCGUCAUUUCUCGCAUUGACUGGGUACAAGGGAAACUGCUAUAUAGUAUAGGGGCAGAACUCUACACUCCGACAGUUGAAACUGAUGAGUCUACGACUAUGUGCCGGCUUUUAUAGUACACGGAGCUACCGC